ACAAGGAAAGUUCCUGACCCUUAACGUUUAUUUGUGACCAAAUUAUUUCACCCACACAUCAUUGUCUGGAUAUUUUGGAAUUAAAGGCCACACCUCCCUGCUUUGAGGAAGAACACAUCUGUAGCUUAUCGUCAAAACGAUGCCAAGCUUUUGACCUCCCUGCAGCUGGUCUGACUGAAAGUUUGGGACUGACAAGAUGCGUUCCAGUGUGGAUGUUCCACCAAGCGCCGUUGGAAGAGGAGUUGCUGGCAGCAACAACAACAAUAACAACAGCAGCAGUAGUGAAAACACUGGAAACUCAGGUUCCCAGUAUGCACUCUGUGCUCUGGGCGUUGGGCUUGUUGCCCUGGGCAUUGUGAUGAUUGUUUGGAGCGUGGUACCUGCAGACGCGGCUGGAAACAACAACAGCAGCAGUAGCGGUUCAGGAGAGGACAGUGGUACGAGCGGGAGGAAACAUAAAGCGUCCUCCGUGGCCUUCGUGUUGGUGGGCUCCGGGGUGGUCAUGCUGCUGCUGUCCCUGUGUCUGGGGAUGAGGAACAAACAGCGGGAGCAGCUCAUGCUGCAGGAGGCUCAGAGCCACAGAGUGGCUGCUCGGGAGCAGGUGGAGAGAGAAACUGCCGAGGAGCAGGCCGAGCGUUACGCUGUCCCCAGCUACGAGGAGGUGGUGGGCAGCGGCCAGUACCCUGUCAGUCAGAGCAACCUCCGCCCGAGCCCCUCCCAACUACCGUCCUACGAUGACCUCGUCCAAGUUGACGGGGUACAGUAUGAAUUUGAGGGGUCGGAGGUCACAACUCCCGGAUCGCAGCCGGCCCCACCCGCUGCAGCUUCCACAUCAAAUCGCAAAGCUGGGAAAAAUAACCGCAAGCUCCUCCCGAUCAAGAUCCGCAGGAUUAAAUCUGAGAAGCUGCAAAUGAAGAACAUUGAUAACUCUCAGCCAGCAGCUGGGUUCAGUAUAGAACCGCUGACCCCUCCGCCGCAGUAUGAGGAUAAAGUGCCUCCCAUUUAAUAUCAAGCUGAUCGUGUUUAAAACAAUCUACUGACAUUCCUGGAACUGGAUCUGCGUUUUGAAAAGACUUGAAGAGGGCUCUUCCUGCAGAACAUUCGGAGUGAAACAUUUUUAUAAAACACUGUUUUUGUUCUAGCUCAUCCCUGCUGAAACCUUUAUACUUUUCUAACGUUGGAUCUCUGAAACACACAGACAGUGAAACACAAACUUGCUGGAACCUUCCUCAGUGUGACAGAUUCUUUCAAUCUGUGGCACGUUGGACUAAAAGCACACACCAAAUGCAGUUUUCCUUCAAGUCGUUUUCUGAUUAUGCAUCGUCUUUGGGUGGUCCAAAGUGCGCUGACUGUAGAGGUGAGUGGACGGGGAAAGAGAUCAUAGGACAUCGUGGAGCGGUUGGAUUACAACCAGCGGUUUACCAAAAGUGAUGUGGUAUGCCUCACUAAAACUCCCCCUCCGAGUUACAAAUAUAUUCUCUCCUUGUCCUCUAGAGCUUUGCAGAAAGUGAGAGGAUUUUGGCCAAUGUUGACACUAGCUUCAGGUUUUCUUUGUCCCUCUCAUUUUAAAAGCUGAAACAUGAAACUAGGGUUUACAUAUUCAAUGAUGGGGAAUCGACUGGACAGCGUUAUUUAAGAAACGACUCAGACAAAGCUUUGUUAGCAUCUAUCUGCUCCCAUGACUCUUAUCCACAGGCCCUCUACCAGAGCCUGAGGAAAUGUAGUUGUUGAACGCUAACAGAAUAUCACUUGUUUUCUCAUGAUUAGAAUAUAAAAGCACUUAAAUGUUAGUGAAUAUCAGCACAUUUAAGAGACAACCUAUAUUUCUCCCUAGAAAGACUAAACCCUGUGCUGUACAUGGGCUGGAGGCUAGUUUGAAAACGGCGUGGAACUUAAGCUGAUGUCUCUAAGGUCGUGGGUGUUUCUUUACUAAGCAGUUCCAAAAUCAGGUGUCAUUUGUCUAAUAUAUGCAUCAUGAAAUAGUAUUUUUACUUAAAGCUGUAGUAAGGACGUUGACCUUUUUGAAUGCACAAAGAUGCCUAAACAAACCCAACAUCAGCUCGUGUUUUUUCUGUUAUUUCAUUGCUAACAAGCUAGUCAAAUUCUGCCUAACUAUAGAACAGAUUAUCGAACAGAUUAUCACGCUAUUAUUAGAGAUUUGUUUCCAACUAAGUGAGCAAUGAAAGUCUAGGUUUAAGUUGAUUUAUAACCUUCCUGAGAAACAUAGAUUGGACUUUAGCUUGCUAAACUCUCCUGACAAUUACCUCAUUUAGUUUGGCUCUCUUCCAUAUUUCUCAUGAGACUCAGCCAUAAGUCUAGCUAAACAAUGAGCUUCAGAGUCUGUGAGUGUCCAAACAAACAGACAUUAGGAAAUGUAUACUAUGGUUAGUGAGAUACUGGGAGGGGACUGUGAUUAAUGUUUUGGCUGAAUUCUUAUAUUUACACUUAUCAUAGCUUCCUUUUUCAAAGAGAAAUUACAUUCUGGGGUGUAGACGGUCUCCUUCCAUGAAGUCUUUAAGGAGUGCCUCUGCUAACCCCCUGGAGGAGUUUGCCCUCCGGAAGUGAAGUGCCUUCUGUGUUCAUAACAACUCUGCUGCUUCUCCAAAAACAUUUUGAAAAGGCAUUGUAUGACUGAACCUGAGCUCUAAUGUUGCUCCUACAAUGCAGUGUUUAAAAAGAGAAGGAAGGAGGUGAGAGCAUAAUGGAAGGAGCCGUUGAAUAGUUGAAAGCCCUGUAGCCAUGGCGAACACUGUGGUGCUGUGAAGGCAGUAGUGUAGUCUCUGCUUCUCUCCCCGCUUUCUAUUUCGUACUCAAAAAAGAAAAGAAAAGCUCUUUGUCUGUGCAGCUGCAACAUAACAACAGCAGCCAUUGCUCUCUCGCUUGCUCAUCCCCAUGAAUUCACUCAGAAGUAUGCAGAGAAUGAGCACAACAGAGAAAAGACAAAGUGGCCUGAGAUCUAAAACUGUGCACUAUUUCAUUAUUGCCUGUCAACCUACGAUUUGAGUUUAAAUGUGAUGAAGUUGCAUCGUUAAAGAUUGUUUCCUCUUUUGUUGUGUGAUAUAUAUAUAUAUAUAUAUAUAAGCCCCAUUUCAUUAGUGACUUUAUAACCUACAUCUGCACUGUGUGUGUUUGAGUCAAACUCAGUGUAGUUAAUGCAGAAAAGCUCCUCCAUCAUUUACAGCUAGUUGUAUUAUAUAUUGCCAAGUCAGGGAGAAAAGCCUUUCAAUGCCUACAUUCACCGGGCCUUUAUUCUUUUGUCAUGUUCAGUACUGCCGAAAUAUUCAUCGUACCUCGUUUUGUAAAAGACCAUUUCAUUACAUGAUUGAUUUUAUAUGACUGUAGUCAAAAUGUUUUACAUUGAUGAAAUCAUUUAGAAGUCACUUUCUGUUUUACAUAGACGAGUGUCCCAAACACAUUGUGUCAGUUCAUUUAUCAUUGCUUUUUUGUUUUGCUACUUCAAUCUUUCUUUUAUAUGUACUGUGAAAAUGUGCUUUUCUAUGCUCAUUCUAUAUUUGUUUGUGGAAAAUAAGAGUUUUUCUCUGAAGAGUUAAACAAAUGUAUCUCAUGAAUAUUGAAUGAGAA